AUGGAUUCGCAGCAGCAGCAGUUUGAGUCUGUCGUUUCUAUUUCUACUAGAAACGACGCCAUGGCUUGCUCACCACCCUCUGCCUCAACCACUUCCGCUACUGUCGUCUCCACCCCCUCGAUUUCGAAUUCAAUGGCUAUGACCUCGGCUUUGCUUUCAAAUGGACGUCCUCCGUUGCAGGACGCCUCAGCUUUAGAGAUCGCCUAUAGCACCAUCUCUCCCAAGGUUGAACAGCCGCAGUACCCUAUGCACAUUAAACUUAACCUUAUCGACCAGAAUCCGCUGACUUCUAGUCUCUCCACUAAUGGCGACUCGACACCAUGUGAGAGUCCUUAUCCGAUGGCUCCCAUGACCCCUAGUGGGUACUCGUCCAGCGGUGGUGACUUGAGCAAAAAGCAGCGGCACAAUUUGCGGGAGCAGAGGCGUAUUUUGCGCAUCAGUAAUCAGUUUGAUAUUCUUCGUAACAAGCUUGAGACGGCAGGAUACUCUUCUUCCAAAAAAGACAAGUACAGUGUACUUCAAGCUACGCUUGAUUACAUUUCGAACCUCGAGCGCAACCAGAUUGGCGGCAUAGCGAUCCACCCGCAGAUGCAGCACCACCUGCAGCACCCUUCGCCUCACCCGAAUGGUGUUUCGCGUCAAUUCCCAUCUCCGUGCAGCGACUCGAGUGGUCGUUUGUCCAUCUCGGCGCCGUCAUCCGGCCACGCUGACAAUAAAGGCCAAGCUUUCAUGAUCGACAGCAUGCCAUCUCCAAUUCCAGCACUGUCCAUGCCAGGGAUGCAACAUCAGACUUCGUACCCACUGGAUAUGGACAAUAUGUAUGGCGGAGCUACAAAUGGCGCUUCAAACGGGGAUGUUAAUGAGAUUGAGGGUUCAUCGGCUUCCUAUCGCGACGUGUUUGCCAAUAGUAGUAUGCCUAGUCUCUUGGCGAAACUAGACGGCACCAUUGUCGAAGCGAAUGCGCUGUUCCUGGAGCUAUGCUGCAAGAACAUCGACGAGCUUCGGCUACAUAGUCUCUACACAAUGUGCACGGCUAUGGAAGCACCCAAAAUGUAUGCCCUCGUGAGCAAGAUCCUCUCUUGCGAAAUGGCGUCAGCGCAGAGAAAGAUGAUGUGGCAUUUCUCGAGCACUGGCGACAGGAAGGUAUUUGUGUCAGUUGCAAUGGUGCACGAUAGCAUGCACCGCCCUGCCAAUCUGCAUUGCAGCCUUCUGCCGCUGUCAUGA